AUGGUGGAUCGCGGCAGCGAUGGCGCGCUGGGGCAUCGGCUCUUGAGCGACGCCUCGCAGCAACAACGCGCUCACGAUGACUCCUCGAAUGGGAGGCCAGCCGACGCAAAAACGGGUUCGCAGGAGAGAUCCGCGGCCGGCGACAGACUUGAAGGAGGGAGUCAUUAUGGUCGCGACGGCGUGGAGGGGGCGGUUGAGCGGCUCGAAGGAGGGUCUGGUGGCCACAGCGCUGAAGCCGACCACAACGCCCAGAUCAACUCGGCAGCCCUUCUAUUGAUCCAGCCCCUGCUUGGAUGGAUCAUGCCUCGCAUGUCUCUGGCCUCGUGUUACGUCGCCUCUCUCGGGGCUCUGCUGGUCGCAGCUAUCCUUGUUCCCCUCUUUGGAUAUCUCUUCCAGACGACGUUGUUCGGUUUCGCCGCCUGCCUUUCCGCUCUCUUCAUCCUCGCCGCAUCUGGCGCGUUCGUCCAAGCUACAGCCUUCGUCCUAGCGGCUUCCGCAGCCGACGAGCGCUAUCUCUUCCGGUUUUUUGUGGGGCAAGCGGCUGCUGGAGUUCUUGCGGCGUUGUGUGGUUUCACGCCCUACCUGAUUCGGCAAGUGCUCCGCCACAGAGAAACGCGAUUCAUGGCCUCCGCGUUCCCUCACCUGGCGGAUCUCUCGCCGCUGAGUCACUCGAGCGUCGCUCACAUCGAUUCGGAACUUCCUCACGCGGCGGACAACUUGACCGGAGUUCCGCUGCUGCUGCGCAGGGAUGUGGUGACUGCUGCCCCUGUCGCGAACGACGAUGAAACAACCUGGUCCCUGUACAGCUCGGUCUUUGUGUUCACCGUCUGCACCUUUUUAACUCUUGUCUGCCUCAUCUCGUACCGGGCUCUGACCAAAUCGCGGACGUUUUCCAAGCUUCUUGCCCUGCCUGCCUCGCCCGAAAGCAGCGAGCGCGACGCAGGGAGAGAGGAAACCGUUCCUCUUGCUGCCGACGCCAGUCCCCACGCGCGACGAGAGCCGACCGCGGUCGCGACCUGGGCUGCGCGGCUGCAGGGGGCAGAGACACAAGAAACAAACGAGCACGCGGGCGAUGGGGGAUCGCGGACGCGGGGUGGGCGUGGAGGCGUUGCAGGCUCAGGCGCGACGGCCGGCGCCAGCAAAGAGUCGUGGGCGGAUAAAAGAGUCAAAGCCGAGCAGCGGAACCUCUUCCUGACUCUCUUUGUCACCGGUCUUGUCUUUCCCGCGUGCACAGCGGAGUGGCGCCCAGAGUCCUCGGCGGCGAUGGCGGUAGGCAGCAAAGCCGCAGCAGCCACGUCGACCGUGUGGGCUCUUAUGAUGUCGGGCUUCACCGCACAGCAGCUUCAGCUCGUCCUGGCGACCUCGUUCCAAGUCGGAGACCUCGUUAGCCGCUUGUGCUGUCGCUGGUUCAAGUUCCUCAUGCUUUUGCGUGAGACCGCCGCGGCCGAUAUGCUGCGUGCGGGAGCGGAAGAGGCCGCCAGCGGCGCUGCAGGACCCCUCCCGCUGCCUUCAUGGGCGGCGAGAGAAAGCCAGGAGUCUGGCGACGCAGAGGGAGAGGACAGGGGCAACCGACAAGAGGAGGCGCGACGCGGGAAACGACACGCAGAACGAGCGUCGUCGCCGCUGACUGUGCCUGUCGCCCUUCGCUUCCUCUUCGUUCCCUUCUUCCUCGUCUCUCAGUUGGCUUCGCUGCCGUCCGCGAGCCCUGCGGCGGCGCCGGUGUUUUUGAAAGCGGAUGGGGGUCUGUCUGCCUCUGCAGUCUCUGGCGUCUGGGAUUUCCUUCAGCGGCUGCUUGCGCACGACUUUUCGCGACUGUUCCUUGUGCUCCUGCUCGCGCUGAGCAACGGCCUUUACGCCACGAUUGCCGUUCUCAACGCCAGCGCGGCCGCGGCUGACUCGGUUUCAGAUGCUGCAGACAACUCGGGGGACGCGCGAAGCGAAAACAGCGACAAACACGCGAACGCCGGAAGGGCAGGCGAUGAAAACGGCACCGAAGCGCGGCGUCGGGGCCCUGCGAGGCCGAGUGAGGAAGCCCCCGGGGAUGCAGAUCACGCGCAGGUGUCGUUCAUCGGCGCAGUGGUGAGGGGGAAUAAGCGCGCCUCUUCGGCGUCAUCUUCCGCCUUUUCCUUCGCGCUUUCGCCUCGCGACAGAGAGAGAGGGCAGCCCGACGAGGGCGAAGCCGACACUCCGCUUCUGAGGCGGCGAACGAGCGUCAUCGAGCGCGAGAGCCAAACGAAACGACAGGAAGUGGCGUUCGGCCUCAAUAUGGUGAUUGUCGCAGCCGCGUGCGCGGGGAGCUGGACGGGCUUCGCUAUCCAGUACUUCAUGCCCUCCAGUCGCUAG